GCGGCCGCGCAGGCGGGGCGGGGCGGGGGCGCGGAUGGCGGCGGGGCCGCGCGAUGCUGCGCUGGCUCGUGGCCGUGCUCAGCCACUCCUGCUUCGGCCCCAGGGGCGGCUCCAUGUUCUACGCGGUGCGCAAGGGCCGGCGGACCGGCGUCUACCGCACCUGGGCGGAGUGCCAGGAGCAGGUGAACAAGUUCCCCUCCGCGAGCUUCAAGAAGUUCGCCACCGAGAAGGACGCGUGGGCCUUCGUGCGCGCCGGCCUCCCGGGGCCGCCGCAGCCCGAGCCGGCAGAGGCAUUUAGUUCUCCAGCUGUAACACAAGAAAAUGGUAGCCAGAGGGAGGAACCAGACUUAAAUACCAUGUGUUGCAGUACAUGUAAAAGGCCAUAUGAACAGUCUACAAACGAAGAGCAGAUUGCAAAGCGUGUAAAACAUGAUGAAUUACACUCAGUGUGCUCAGUACCAACAGUCAGUGAAGAUAAGUUUUCAUAUAUGGGUGACUUUGCAGUUGUUUAUACAGAUGGUUGUUGCUCUGGUAAUGGACGUAACAGGGCACGUGCUGGAAUAGGUGUCUACUGGGGACCAGGCCACCCUUUAAAUACCAGUGAGAGACUUCCUGGACGGCAGACUAAUCAAAGAGCAGAAAUCCAUGCAGCCUGCAAAGCAAUAGAGCAAGCCAAGAGUCAAAACAUCAAGAAGUUAAUAAUCUACACUGACAGCAAGUUUACUAUUAAUGGUAUUACCAGCUGGGUUGACAACUGGAAAACAAAUGGCUGGAGAACAAGUUCAGGAGGAAGUGUAAUAAAUAAAGAAGAUUUUGAAAGACUUGAUAAUCUAGUAAAAGACAUAGAAAUUCAGUGGAUGCACAUUCCUGGUCAUGCUGGCUUCCAAGGAAAUGAAGAAGCUGACAGACUAGCAAGAGAAGGAGCUUGUAAACCAAAGUGCUGAUGGCUUGGGACUAGAGACUGUUGCAUUGGGAAGAAAGGGCCUAACAUGACAGCAACAAUUUGAACUGCUGUAAUUGUUUCGGAGUUGAACUUUGAGCUGUACUUCUUUCUGGCCUGAAGCCCUAAAUAUAAACGAACUUCUGGGAAGGAAAACCCCAAAUUUUCUUCUGUUGCAUUUGUUUUACAGUUAAGACAAUAUUUAGUUGAUGAUACUGAUAUUUGUUUUUUCUCCAUCUAUUGGAAGGGCUGUGGUCAGUGCUUUUAGCUGUGUUGUGUACUUACGAACUCACCUUAAAGACAGGCUUCUGAAGAAGUAAUUUUAAAUCAAAGUGUUCUGUAUUUUCCUCUUAAUGAAAUAAAUGUCUUUUUUUUUUUUUUUUUUUU